GGUUUAGUGAGCUCGGUGCAGCCCGGCCGUAUAAAAGCAACCGAGCACGCUCAGACUGAGAGAGGACGCGCUUGUGCAAUGUUACAGAAGAGCAGUUUGUUCUGAAGAGGAAGAGUUUCAACAUAAAUUCAUGAAGAGGAAAUACUGCAAGGGAAGACGAGGUUAUACUCCAAAAAACAGAAGAUUUUAACAGGAUUAUUACACUUCAAACUGCUUCAGUGAUGAGUUACUGUGAGAAUCAGAGUGAUCCGGAUCAUCUCCAUAGAUUUAUUAUUUCAAAGUAUCUCCCUGAGCAGAGGACCCAGAUCAUGCCCAGAGCCCCGCGGUGACGCUGGCCAUGCAGCACAACUUCUCAGGCAUGCUGCAGGAGCCUGAGGUGAAGGCCAUGCAGCAUAAUGCCACCCGUUCACCCAGCAACCCCACAUCUGCCGGCCUCACCAUGACGCUGGGUAUCCUGUUCAAUGUGGUGGCCCUCAUCAUCCUCGCCAAGGCCUACAAUCGUUUCCGCCGGAGGUCUAAGGCAACGUUCCUGCUCUUUGCUAGCUCACUGGUGGCCACAGACCUGGCGGGACACGUGAUCCCUGGAGCCCUUGUACUGAGCAGAUACUCAUCACCAGGCACUGGGUCCACAGCUGAUUCUAGCUCCAGUUUUCAAGCUGAAACUGCAGACCCGGACGCUUCUUGUCUGUUUCUAGGAGGCUGCAUGGUGUUCUUCGGCCUGUGCCCGCUCUUUCUUGGGUGUGCCAUGGCUGCAGAGCGCUGCCUGGGGGUCACAAAGCCUCUGCUGCACGCCAGGCUGGUGACCACAGCACGGACCAAAAUUGCUCUGGCCCUAAUCUGGCUUUUGGCUUUAUGUGUGGCACUUCUGCCCUAUUUCAGCCUGGGAGCCUACACGUACCAGCACCCAGGGACUUGGUGCUUCAUUAGGGUGAUGGAGGGCACCAGACUGACUGACCUGGCCUUUGUGGGGCUGUUCUCUGGACUCGCUCUGAGCUCUCUGGCCUCGGCCUUUGUGUGCAACACCAUCAGUGGGAUCACGUUAGUCAGGGCGCGGCUAAAAAGGUUCUGCUCCCAGCGCCGCUCGGCGCGCUCCCAUGACACAGAGAUGGUGGUGCAGCUGGUCGGCAUCAUGGUCACUUCUUGUAUCUGCUGGAGCCCUCUGCUGGUAUUUGGACUGAUGUCUGCGACCCGCUCCUACAGCGGCUCCCUUGGCAGUGACAUAGACACUUACAGGAGGAUGAUGGUGACGGGGGUCAGGAUGGCCACCUGCAACCAGAUCCUGGACCCAUGGGUUUACAUCCUGCUGAGACGAGCCAUCCUCAGGAAGAUCUACCGCAUCACCAAGAAGCAGGCCAGUCUGAAGGGGAGCAUGUUCCGCUCCAGACGCUGGGAUAUGGGCUCCUUUCAGAGCUCGGAUAAAAAGAGUGUCAGUAAGAUUUAAAUGGACUCAAAGAGGGAGGGAGGAGACGUGUAAGCUCUCACUGUCGAAGGGAUGCUCUUCAGAGUUCUGCAGGAUCAUUACUGAUGGAUAACAGUAAAAAUGUUGUAUGAAGUAUAAAUAUUAGGGGUUGAAAUAUUCCUGAGCAGCUAUUAUAAUUAUGACUAUUGGGUUGUUGUAUGUUAUACAGUACAAGCGGUAAAGAGUCAAAUUUACUGUAAACAGCAACAGGUGUUUAUCAGAAAUAACAUGGCUCAUAUUAGGCCAUGUAUGCACGGCAAUCUGCCCUCUAUGAGAGCAAAUGUAAAUACAAUCUGACCAAUCGCAUGACUAUGUGACUGUUUAAAAGUGAGCUCUGUGUCAAGUCUUGAAGCAAACAUCUCAACCCAUAAGAUUCGUCCCUUAAAAUGACAUUUGUUCUGUUCUUUUACAUUAUAAAGGAGUCAAAGACUUGUACUCACAGAUGAGAGCUGUGAUUUUACCUCAGCUUUAAGAUGUGAAAACACCAUUAUGAGUGUGUCUAUUGUACAGUACUGUGACAUUAAUGUGAAUAUGUGUCUUAACUGUGUGGUUGUGAAUGUAUCUGCGGUAUUUUCCCUGAGUUUAAGGGGACUGAAGUGAAGCUAUGUGCUCAAAAAAGCUAAAUGAAUGUGAUAUUGUUAAGGAGGAAUGUAAGAGCUAAAAAUAAAUGGCUAUUUGUUCUCUUUCA